GUGGCUCCACGUUGAGACUCACAACUCGGUCAGCAUCUCCCUCGGCUGGUUUCAAUCUCUGCUGGAGGACGACGAGACACUUUUACCAUUGUUAUUUUUUUAAUUUUCUAAUUUUUAAUUGUGUUUGCAACAACUCUUCAGCCCCGCACAUGAGCUCAACAUGACUUUCAGGAGGCUCAAAAAAGUGAACUCCAGCGGGCCAGAGACUGGACCCGCAUCCCAAGACAACGACAUUUAUUUCCCUUCGUCAAAGUCAGACAGCUGCAGGACUAUGGACUUACCGACCAACUCGUCCGAGGUUUACAACUACAAGACUCUGGCUUAUUCCGGUGGGACGCUGCCCAGAAACUUCAAAAAGGGCGGUGGACUGCAGAAGUGGAAACCCCUAACACAGUCACCAGAACCACAAAGGAAGGUGGUGGUUCUGGAGAAAAAGGAAGAGGAGACGUUUGGUUUUGAGAUCCAGACGUACGGCCUCCACCAUCAGGACCAAAACUCGGUGGAGAUGUGCACGUUUGUGUGUAAGGUGCACAGCGACAGCCCAGCCCAGCAGGCAGGACUUAAAGUCGGGGACACCAUCGCAAGUGUGAACGAGGCCUCCGUGGAGGGAUUUCGGCACAAAGAGAUCGUUCAGCUCAUCAGGGCCUGCGGCAACUCACUCAGGCUGGAGACGGUUUACAGUGACUCAAUCCGAAAAGCCGAGCUGGAGGCCCGGCUGCAGUAUCUGAAGCAAACUCUUCACGAGAAAUGGGAUGAAUAUCGGUCGUUGAUGGUGCAGGAGCAGAGGCUUGUUCACGGCAUAGUGAUGAGUGAUGCUGCAGUGUACGAGUCACUGGAGUCAGCAGGUGUGUACGGCAGCCUUGGCGCUCACAGCCCCGCUUUCCAGAGAGCCCUGCGCGGCACCGGCAGCACCAGCAGCAGCGCCAGCUUUCUCAGCACUGCCACUGAGGACGACCCUCUGUACCAGACCUGCCUGUACCAAGCGGACGGCAGCGUGGACUCAGACAACAGCAGUGCGGACAAAAAGAAAGAGCAGCAGUCGUCGCAGAGGCAUCGUCUCCGACCGGCCAGCGAGCUCUUCACAACGGCCAAAACGCAGCUGACCCGCAGCGCCAGCACACGCAGCUACAUGAGAGGAUCUACGUCGUCGUCGUCCGCCUCCGGCGAGAAGCAGGGAGGAUUCAACACACUGCAGAGGAAGCCCAAACAGAAAAGCUUCCGCAGGCGCCUCCUCAAAUUCAUCCCCGGUCUGAACCGACCACUGGAGGAGGAGGAGAGCAAACUGUGAGCAGCAAACGGAGCUGUUCACCUGACCUUCACAGAGACCAGACAGUGACUGUCAAACUAAACUGCCAAAGAAAACAGAGCAGGCACUAAAGAGUGAAGAAACUGAGACCAAAGUGUAAAGACUCUCCAGCUGCACCUCUCCUUGUUUGAAUGAGUAGACCAAUGAACAUUUGGCUACAUUCAGUAGCUUUCAGUGUUUCACAGCUGUACAUAACUUUUGUUUUCUUUUUGUCUCGUUCUUUUAAGUUAUUUAUUUAUUUUAAAAUGUUUGGUUUAUGUACAGAAUGAAGCAUUUUUUGUUUUUUUUUAACUGCAUGCAAGACUUUUAUUUUGACAGCUGAAUAAAUGCCCUGUUAUGAAUGCGAUUGUGCAACACAACGUUUUGUAAGUUUGAUAUCUGCUUUAGACGAUUCAGAUUGAUCUUGUUUUAUUUUUUUCCGCCUCAGUCACGGUUCCUAAAAAUAAAAUAUGGAGGAUUAUUUUGUGCAGAACUUG